GCGUCAACUUCCCACACACACACCGGCCCCGUGGUGGUGGUCGGUUGUCAACAACAAAAAUAACAACAAACCAACUCUGAUGUUUUGGAAAUCGUGCUAUGCGAAUACCACCGCUCGAGCACGCCUGGUCAAUUCCGAUUAGAACUGCCCCCAAUUCGACUGUAUCUCCGUGAGUCAUGUUACCGGUAUGUUCCCAGUUUGUGUGUGUGUGUCUUUGUGUGUAGGGGAAAAGCAAAACCGAUACUGCAUUUCCAGCCGUUCCUAACACCAGUACGGUACGAGAAGCUCUACAGUUAUCGCAUCACGGACCUUCCUGUCCACCCUACUCUGCAACAUGCAACAGGGAGAAGGGGGGAGGGAGAGAGACCUGUCACAAAGGGAAGAGGGAGGAAGCAGAAGAAGUCGAAGCAUGAGAAGCAUAAGAAGGGGGCUGCAGGUAGGGUUAGCUCUGAUUGUGGCGUACUGUCCCAUACGGUACUUUACGAUAAUACAUGGGGGCUCGUUCGUUCGGUACCCGAACCGGGGGUAUGGGAAGGUUGGAGAAAGGAGGCGUAAGUUAAAUAAAGUCAGGCACGUAUUCCACCUCAUCCAUUCAUCUAUCUAUCUACUGGUAUGUCAUGACGGCGAUCUUAAGGAGGAAUCCUGUAACCCCCCCCUCUCCCCCUCCCCGGGUGGUGAUUAUGAUUAAUCAUCAAGCAUAGGAGAUAACAGCAGCGGGGCUCAUUCCUGCCCUUCCAUUCGGGUUCUCGUGUCUGUCUGUCUGUACAGUACUGUGCUGUGCUCGUAUGAUACCUCCGCGAUAAUGCGCUCGUCGGGUCAAUAAACCUUGAGGACUAGCCUCCGGCCAGGGCAACCACGGUCAACCCUUUUACCUAUCAUAUACCGGUAGGAAAUCUCCAAUUGAACCCUGUAGCCGUCUGCGCAAUGUAUGUAUGCGGGAGAAGGGUGGGGGAAGGAAAAGUAAAAGAUGAAAAAACAUCACGUUUUUUUUUUUUGUUUCUGCGUUUUAUUCUAUCCCCACCCCCCUCCUUUUCUAUCCACCUCUACUCUGCACUUUUGUAUCAUCCUUGCGGGUCUUGAGAAACUUUAUAGUAAUAUGAUAAUAAUAUAUUAUUAUAUAGAUU